AUGAUCAGAUCUGUGGUGGUUUGCCGAAAUGUAGCCUUAAACUGUCAUAUGGGUCUGCAAGCUGCUGCUGCUGCCUGUUCUUUGAACGACGGGGCAGAGGAAAGGAUGCGGAAGUUUGCAACAACACCCGUGGGUAGUAGAUUCAACAACGGGAAACCACCUGGGCGGGAAUCUGACGGGCAGAAUUACCCAACGAGAAAUACCCGAACGUCGUCUAGGAAUUCACGCUCUGAAGACGGUGGCAGACGGCGUUGGUUUUCGGGUAAAAAGCGUUAUGGCGGCGGCGGUGUUUUUGUCCCGCUGUUCGGUCUAUCGUGGCUAGUCACCAUUAAGGAUCUGUUGGGAAUAGAGCCGUUUCGUACGGAUGCAGAUCCGCUGAAGGAUAAUGUGAAAAAGGCGUUUAUUUGCCGGAAAUACGGCAAAUAUGAGGAGGCCAUACAAAUUCUGGAGGCAUCUCUCGAAAUGGCCAAGGAGCGAGGCGAAGAGCUACCCAUAAGUAGGGUACUGGAUGAAUUGGCAAAUACUUACUAUGAAAUGGGUAAUUUGGAGAAGGCAGAAGAGCUGUUCCGACUGCUUAUACGAAGGAUGAUGGAAUUGCAUGGGAAACACGAGAGUGACCCGGAAUUCAUUGGCAUUAGCUUGAAGCUGGCGGAUAUUUUUGCCCAAAACGGGCAACUGGAGAACGCUGAGACAGGCUAUAGACACUGUGUUACGAAGCAGAUGAAGAUUCUUGAAGAACACAUGAAAAAGUACGUCGUGGCCCAGGGCGCCUUGGUCGAGCAUCGACAUCAGGUUGAAGCGCACGGGGCGGCGUAUACGGAUCCGAUAGCGUUGUUCGGCAUGUGUCUGGAACAGUACGCGCAUUUUUUGGUGACGUAUCGAGGUGAGGAUAGGUUAGCGGAGUGUGAGGAGUAUAUGGACGAAGUGCUGAAGAUAAGUUAUCAGCUAUUUGGUGCGGCUUCAUUUCAUACAAUGAAUCUGCUGAAUAAUUUUGGAGCGGCGUUGAUUUUGAAGAAUCGAUUUGAACUGGCUCGGAAGUAUUUGGCGAUGGGUGUUGAGAGGAUUGUGAACGUGGACGAAUGUAGUGGUAUGAUACCGGGAUAUUAUUGUAAUUAUGCUGAGGCGUUGUUCCAUUGUGGCCAAAAGGAAGAGGCGUUGAAGUACGCGAAGAAGGCGGUGAAUUUGUCACGGUCCGAGGAGCCACGGGUGCAGGAGUACGCGAGACGCUUUUUGCACGAUCUCGAGCGGGACUUUAGGGGGAGGAAUCGAAAAAAUUGGCUGUGGUUUUGGUAG